CCAACUCGGAGUUUGGCCAAAACAAAGCGCAGGACACCUGCCAUGGCCGCAAACAGAUAUGUUUUAGUAGUCGAACGUGAACGAUGUGUGUCCGCGUCAAGGGAUGACACUUAAAAAUAAAAAAAUUCUAAAUUUUAGUUAUCAGAUUUUUCUGUCAAAAAAAUAUUUAUUUAAACCGGACGCUCAAAAAUAAUUAUUAAUUGAAAAAACGUUUAAUUUCUGCAUGUGCUUGGACGGUGUAGUAUGGAUUUAUGCCUGCGAGGGUCGCAGAUUAAUCUAGUUGAACGUCAGAAACCACGUCCCAAAUAUAGCUCGCAAACGAAUUUGUAUCAACCGCCAAGCGGCAAUAAUCCUAACAACUACAACACACGCGCACGUCCGCGUUCGGCACAAUUCUUUACGAAACGCAGUCGCUCCUCGCCAUUUCUCCAUCGUCCCCAAUCGGCGGAGCUCAGUCAGUUCGGUGCUGGUGCCGGUGUUGGUGCUGUUAGUAGUAGUAGUUUUGGUGUUGGACGCAGUUCGGGUGGCAAUUGUGGUCAGUAUCAAGGACGUGGUGGCGAGUACGUGACGGACAAAUUGAGCAAAACCAAGCGCUAUCAAUCUAUCUCUUCUUCGAGUUUGUUAAAAUUAUUGCUCGACGAGCCCAUAAAGCGUUCCUGGCUGUGCCGCGGUAGUGUCUCCUCACCAGAAACGCAAUCGGAACAGAGUAGUGCCAGGAAGCAGACAUCGGCAUAUAACGAUUACAAUAAGAGAACGCGCACGGACACUAGUAGUGCUGAGAGUGAGCGGUACCGCAAAGCGCAAACAGGCGGCGUAGAGAAUCACAGAUUUACAAUGAGCGCCUCAACCUCGCGCCUAUCGAGCGGUAAUUCGGUUUCGAGUUAUACGCGUGAAAAGUCUGCCGGUUCCACCGCAUCUACCACUUCACUACGUGCCACUGACUAUUGGCAUACAAGUAAUACAACUACGCAGACAUCAAUGCUACAGAAGCAAGCCAAACCCGAUCUUCCGGGACGUGUGUCCUUCUCUAAGCCCAAUGCGGGCUUGCAAUACGAAGCAGACCUUAGUCUUAGCGAUGGCGAAAAUGAAAAUCAAAAGUCACAUGAAUUUACAGCAACCACAAAGAAUGCUCCAAACAAUGCUUCCAUUUCGGAACCAGGUCCUGUCAUACCGGCUUCAGUCAGCUUCAACAGUAAACGUGAAUUCGCUGCGCCAACUUUAACGUGUGGCGAGCUCGCCACCUCGGCUGGUGCUAAGAAAUCCGUGCAUUUCGGCGCAACUGCUGGUGGCGGCGGCAUACUCGCCGAAACCUAUGAAUAUCCAAAGUGUCCAUCGGAGAAUUGUUCGUGUAGCACGCGCAGUUCAUCGACGGCAAGCAGCACCCAAGACGUUGGUGCGGAGGGCAAGUGCACUUGUGACUCGCCCACUUGUAAAUUGAGCGCUGAGCGUAUGUUGCGACGUUCGAGUCUAACAGAUUUGGACGAUAAAAUGGACUUUACUGUAAAGGGUAAUGGUCAGAAGACAAACGCCGUCGCAGAAGAACUGCAGGUUAUACGUGAUUACAAAAAUGUCGUCGGCGAUCAGCUAGAGAACUCGGUGGUUAAGCAGAUACUCGAGGAGGAUAAUACCAAAUUUGGUGCCUACGACAACUCGCAUAAUACACUCGAAAUGCCCACAUACUUGGAUAAGUAUGUAUCACCAAGCAAAUCGAAUGUUUACUCAGACAAACCGAAUAACCUGACUGAAACGAAACCAUCAACUAAUUUUAAAAAUGGCGCUAAAAAGCAUCUAGUUGGCAGCACUGCCAAUGAGCUCAACAAAAUGGAUAAUCAUUUGGAAAAUAAUUUCAAGUCGCAGGCUGCAUAUGCGCCUACCAGCGAUACAGUCAUCAAUAAUUACUUGAAAGUUGCAGCCACCACACCGCUGAUGAUCAAGAAGAAGGAAAAUAAUCGGCCGAGCUCCGGUGAAAAGCAGGUCCAAAACAAGGAAAACAAAUCGGUAACUGCAGCGUCGAAGAGUCAACCAACGUAUAGCAAAAGCAAUGGCAAUACUAAGCUGAAGAAAGCGACGAGUUUUGGCAGUCUACGUGAAGACUCCAAUUUAACUGAGUUCAAUAUAGACAAAGUCGAUAGCUGGAUGUCUAUGCAUGGCGAGAGCAUGAAUCAGCAGAAAACGCUUGCGAAACACAAGUCUUUAGACGCCGACUUCGAGAAGCUUACAGGUAGUGAAUUGGAGGAAGACGGACAUGCGGAAGAUAUUUUAAAUGAGCGCGAUGGCGACAGCGCAUCGCAAGUGUCUACCAAGUCGGACGGGGAAUCCACGUAUGAUGAGAUCGUCUCGGUGAUUAAAGAGAUUGAUGAAGACAAAAAGAAAGAUAACUAUGCGGAGCGGGCAGCUAACGAGUUGGAGCUCAAGCUCAAUACAACACCAGACACGGUUACAUUGCCUGCCUCAGGUGAGCAGAAGACUGCUGAGACGAGCAAGUCGCCGGACAAAUACAAAGACAUCCUCAGCUACUUAGAUACUGUCGAAGAUAGUUGUGAUCGCACAUUGCUUGAGACACGUCGUUCCAUACCGGAGUCUAAUCGCUCCGAAAUCGAAUUUGUCGUCGAACCUGAUAUAGCCGAAGAUGUGCCGAAACUAGCCGAUCUACUAAUGCUGCCCAAUCAUCAGCUCGCACGUCGCGUCAUGGCUUUAAGUUUGCGUGCCAACGAACUCGCCAAUGCCGUUUAUCUCUCCAAAGAACAUGUGAUGAAAGUGCGUACGGAGAAGCAGAAAUCUAUACGCACUGAGAAAGCGACUGCUGCGAAUCGCUUGCGUGAGCAGAAGAAACAUUACGAGACGAUUGUAAAGCGACAUCAGGGUUUUAUAGAGCAGUUACUCAAGGACAAGGGCUCACUUUGCGAGAAAGUCGCUGCUCUCACGCGCCGCUUAGAGAGUCAAAAUCAAGCUUGGGAGCACAAAUUGGAAACAGAGGUAGCGCGCGUCAAGGAAACAACUUUGGCUGGCGAGAAGAUCAGGCGUGAGCGUUGGGUGCGUGAGAACACGAAGAAGAUUAAGGAGCUCACUGUGAAGGGCUUAGAGGCGGAAAUUAAUAAGAUGACUUGCAAUCAUCAACGUGAAGUCAACGAACUUAAGCAGGCACAUCAGCAACAGCUAUUGGACUCACUGGAAGAGGCGCGUCUCAAACACGAACAGAUUGAGAAUUCUAUACGUGAGUCCUGUGCACAAGAUCGUGAGUCGAUUAUUGAAAAGGAACGGCUGGCAAUACGCGAAAGAUUCGAGCGUCAGUUAGACGAGGAGCGCAAAUGUUUCGACGAGCAGCGACAAAAACUCGUAGAAGACUUCAAUGCUGAACGUACACGCCUACAGAACGAGCUGAAGAUGAAAGACGCCGAUUUCCAAGCGCGUAGACAGGAGCUACAACGCGAGAAAGAAGUCGAGUUGGAACAAACGGUCGCCGAGUUGCAGGAGAAGAUGUUCAAACAAGAGGAGAAAUAUCAGAAUCGCAUCAACACUAUUGAGAAACAGUACGAAGCCGAUUUUGAGCUUUGGAAGCGUGACUACGAGAACGAAUGCAAGGUGUCGCAAGUUGAGAAGGAGAAUGCGAUCCGUCAACACUAUCGUGCCGAACGUGAUCGACAAAUCGAUGCUAUUGUCAGUCGCAUGGACACCGAGGCGCUGAAACAUGCCGAAGAGCAUGAGGCCAAAUUAAAUCGUUUGAAGGAGAAGUAUGAAAAGGACCUGCAGUUGGUUGAGAAUGCAGAGCGUUCACUGCGUGAGAAAUACACAGAUACGCGUAGUUCUUUGGCGGAAGCUGACGCCAAAGUACGAAACUCCGAAGCGGAGAUAAAGCAGUUGAAAAUGGAGUUGGAACACAGCAAGAAGAUGUGCAAUGACUUCUUGGCCGAACGCGAUCAACUCCGUGAUAAUUUACGCAACGAAGUUCAGAGCGAGGUGGCCGUGAUCAAAUCGGAGCGCGAUACCGAAAUACAAAAGAUACACAAGAGGGUACAACAAGCGAUAGAGAAGAAGGAUGCCACCAUUGACUUGCUGCAGAAAGAAAAUGGCAGCCUGCGUGAGCGCUGUCUUAAGCUGGAGGCGGUCAUCAGGCAACAGCGCAAGGACUACUGUGUGAAGUGAUGCCACAGUUUUAAAAGUGGAGCUAAUUUUUGUAUAGAUUUAUCUUAUAACAGACUAACGGCAGUUUUCUAAAGCAAUUGAGAAUUAUGAAGUUUGAGAAGGAGACAUGAAGAGUUGAGUGAGAUAUGCCGCAAGUUGAAAAAUUAUUACUGAGAGGCGUCAGAUUUUAAAUUAUUAUGAUCUUUUCAAUCAGUUUUUUAAUAUUUUUUUAAUUAUUGAGUUUUUAUUAAUUUGAAACAAAAAUAUUAUUAAUUUAAAUUUUAUAAAAUCGAAUGGAAAGUUAAAAAAUCGAAUUAAAAUAUGUCUAUUAAACAUUAAAA